AUGGCUUCCACCGAUUUGAAGAAUCUCGAAACACCACCCAAAUGCCAGGCCGACUUCUGCCUCAUCCCGAUCGGGACGCCGUCGGCUUCCGUGUCGGCGCAGAUUGCGGACGUGCAGCGACUCAUGAAGGCGAGCGGGUUGAAGUAUAGUAUGCAUUCGGCGGGGACUACUGUUGAAGGAUCUUGGGAAGACGUCACCCGUGUCAUCGGCCAGGCUCAUACGCUCUUACAUAAAAAGGGAAUCGUGAGGAUCCAAACCGAUAUUCGGAUCGGGAGCAGGACGGACAAACCGCAGACCAUGGAGGAUAAGGUGGCGGCGGUGGAGAAGUUGCUUGUGAAGGACCAACAAUGA